UGGCGCGAAGCGUUCAAGAUGGCGGCGGAGAAGCUGAGGGGGAAAGUGAGCGGCGCCUUCAAGAUGCGCGGCCUGCUGCUCCGCGCCGAGGCGACGAAAUAUCUCACAGAAGCACUUCAAGCUGUUAAUGACGUGGAGCUUGAAGAUAUGCUAGAAAAUAUAAUUGACGCUGUUGAAAAACAACCUUUGUCGUGUAACAUGAUCGAAAGGCCCGCGGUGGAAGCAGCCGUCCUGGAGUGCAGCCAAUCCGUGGAUGAAACCAUAGUCCAUAUUUUCAACAUCAUCGGAGCUUUUGACAUCCCGCACUACAUUUACAAUUCUGAAAGAAAGAAGUUUCUCCCUCUCUCAAUGACCAGCCACCCUGCGCCAAAUUUAUUCGGCUCUGCCAAGGAUAAAGCAGAAUUAUUUCGUGAACGUUAUAUCGUCUUGCAGCAGAGAACUCGUAGGCAUGAGUUGUUCACUCCAUCAGCCAUCGGUACCUAUCCAGAUGGAAGUCAAAGUAAAUUUCAGCUUAAAACUGUAGAAACUCUCUUGGGCAACUCAACUAGAGUCGGGGAAGUGAUUGUUCUCGGAAUGAUAACCCAGUUGAAAGAGGGAAAGUUUUUCUUGGAAGAUCCUACAGGAGCUGUGCAGCUGGAUCUUAGUCAAGCACAGUUCCACAGUGGCUUGUAUACAGAGUCUUGCUUUGUCUUAACAGAAGGCUGGUAUGAAGAUGGAAUAUUCCACGUCAGCGCUUUUGGAUUCCCACCUACGGAGUCUUCUGCUACCACUAGGGCAUAUUAUGGAAACACAAACUUUUUUGGAGGGCCUUCUUCGACCUCUGUAAAAGCUUCUGCAAAACUGAAACAGUUGGAGGAAGAGAACGAAGACGCCAUGUUCGUAUUCCUUUCCGACGUUUGGCUGGACCAAGCGGAAGUGUUGGAGAAACUUCGGAUCAUGUUUUCAGGUUACUCCUCGAUGCCUCCGACUUGUUUCUUCUUCUGCGGGAACUUUUCUUCCGCCCCGUAUGGAAAAAAUCAGAUUCAGUCACUGAAAGGUUCCUUGAAAGCCCUGGCAGACAUAAUAUGUGAAUAUCCCAGUAUCCAUCAGAGGUAUAGGUAUGUUGCGAUCCCCGAAGACCCUGGCCCCGGCUGCAUCCGGCCACAGCCGCCGCUUACUGAGAACAUCACCGAGGAAUUCAGGGAGCGAGUGCCGUUUUCUGUUUUCACUACAAAUCCUUGCAGGAUUCAGUACUGCACACAGGAAAUAAUUAUCUUCCGAGAAGACCUGGUAAAUAAGAUGUGCCGGAAUUGUGUCCGUUUUCCUAGCGGCGGUAUGGACAUUCCUAACCAUUUUGUAAAGACUAUCUUGUCACAAGGCCAUCUUUCUCCGCUCCCUCUUUACGUCAGUCCUGUGUACUGGGCCUACGACUACACCUUGAGAACCUACCCUCUGCCAGACGUUAUUGUUUUUGCUGACAAAUACGACCCAUUCACCGUGACCAACACCGAUUGCCUCUGCAUGAAUCCUGGAUCUUUUCCAAGGAGUGGUUUUUCAUUUAAAGUGUUCUAUCCUUCUAACAAAACAGUCGAAGACAGCAAACUCCAAAAUCUUUGAAGCCCAGUCGAGAACAACCAAUCGAAACAGUCUGGCCGUAGCACUGUGGAUCUUCAGGAUCAUUAAUUUUUAUUAUGUGUGAAAGAUAAAUAUAGCCGUUUUGUAAAUAAACUGUCAUGUGAAAGAGAAAA